CCUCACGCACGAUGCAUUACCCGCUUCACAUAACGGUGCUCUGCGCGGCUCUCUGGAUCCUGCGCGGCGAUGUGAACGCGGCCAAAGCCGGAGUCAUAGGUCCCGAGGUGUUGACGUCGUUCGCGAAGAACAUCGCGUCGGUGCUGUCGACGACGUUGCUGGGCGAGCUGCGCGAUACCCGUGGCAACCAGACCGAGUUGAAGCUCUCCGGGCCGCUGAAGAAGCUGCUGGAGGUGCAGCCGUUCCACGCGGACGACGUCGAGGAGGGCGAUGGUAGAUUCCUGGAGGGGGCGCCCCGGGACCGCGCGAAGAGGCUGGUGGGGGAUCGCGGCUCGCCAUUGGUCGACGAUCAAAGACGAUUCCGGAACAUCUACGGGGUGCUGGACACGGUUCGCUACCCGAAGCCCUACGGCCCUGAAGCGUACCGGUUCCCGGUGAACCCUGGGCCAGAAAGUCCCCGAGGCGAGGCGAUCGUGGGGCACGGGGAGUCCUCGAACGUCGACAAGAGGGGCAACGCAGUGGACAGCGACGUGAACCUUCACUACGCGAGCGAAUAUCAACAGCCAACCGGCUUCAAGUACAAGCUCGACCUGGUGCACCCACUGCUCCCCCCACCCAACAACUAUCUGCCACUGUUCCGCCAGUAUCAUCAUCGUGAUCGUCAUCCGCAGACCUCAGGGCCUGGCGAGCAGCAGCCAUCAGGAGUGGCGGACAUCGACGAGAAGGAAGGGCCCAAUGACGACCCUCAGCCUGCCAGGGACCUGGCCGAAAGGCCCUACAAUCUGAACUACCAGGACCCUUACAAUACUCCGGGCCCAUCAGCUUUUGGAAACUCGGGUGACCUCUACCAGCAAGGUCAUCCUCCUGCGAACGGCCAAACCGAGGACGAGGAUGGUCAGAGUCCGGCCUCGUUGACGGAGGACCAGAACCAGAAGGGCGGCUACCUUUACCCCAGCUUUCACUACGGGCCCUUCCACAACGGCUUCUACGGGCCCCACUACCAUGGGCCCGGGCCCUACUACAAUGACAGCUAUCACGGGGGAAAUAAUUCAGGUCACUACGGGGGGCCUUAUUCGGGCCCCAGAUACAACGAUUAUGGGCCCUACUCUCCCUAUGAGCCUUAUUAUCCUCGUCAUCGUGGAUAUGGGAGGCCUGAUCAUCCGCAGAAUGGGCCGGAGAAUGGGCAGAACGCUGCCCAAGCGGAGGGGGAAAAUGCCAAUGCGAAUGGGAAUAAUAAUGGGCCUGGGCCUGGGCAUGGGUACAACCAUGGUAAUGGCCAUGGAUAUGGGUACGGUCAUGGCUAUGGUCCUGGGUAUGGUCAUGGGUAUGGUCCUGGUUAUGGGCCCGGUUACGGGCCGUUUUACGGUGGUGGGCCUUUCGCAAAAUAUUCGGGAUUCCCUGUGUUCCCGUACAAACCUUACCACCAUGGGUUCUUCGAGGGCCCGUACAAGGCCCCGUACAUCCAUGACCCCUUCCUGCCGUUCCCCCUUGGGCCCUAUUACCCGUUCCACGGAUUUUAUCACUACGGGCCGUACGGGCCCAAGUCUGACAAACAGGAUGCGACGAACACCGAGAAAACCAAAGACGAAUCUGCCGCCGCCAGUCCGAAUGACGCGGAAGUGGUCUCGGAGGGCCAGUCGGAGCUCGUCGAAGCCCUGGCCUCGAAUCAACAGCUGUACUUUCCUCUGGCGUUGCCUGUCGCCGUUAGAAACACGAAGUGUUGCGAGGAGCAUGGUUCAACUGCCGGGGACGCCUGACGGAGUAUCAAAUUGUAGCCUUUAAGUCGAACUACAGUAAUGUCUCCCUAAAUGACGCUCGGAUUGUACGCCAAAAGGGACAAUUCGGGGA